AUGCACUUCUUAUUUGCAUCAAAGAAGCUAGAUAUUCCAGAUUCCGGUCGAAUUCUUGAGAUUGAACGCCUCUGCAAGCUGACAGCUAAGCAGCUAGAGGAGAAAUUUGGUUCUUGUCUCUAUGUCACAGAAAAUGAUACCUCGUCUGAUCCUAAUCGUUUUCUUCUAUAUGAGGCCCUCUGGACCUGCCAGAAUAUGUUCACUGAAUAG